AUGGCCGAAGGUGCAGGGGAGACAGGAGAAGAGAGAAAUCAAGAUGUUUAUUCUUAUCGAGAGAGGGUAAAAUGUUCUCCAGAAGAAGAGGCGAGACUUGAACGACAGCAUUUUUGGAAAGUAAUCGAUGCAUUUAGAUAUUACAGGAUCCAUGUUCAAGAACGAGUAAACAGGGCUGAGCGGCAGUUUCGGUACCUUCCAGAACACCACCAACUUCUUCUACCAGACUUUCUGCCCAAUUUAGACAAGAUCCGUCACUGCGUGGACCAGAACCAAGAGGUUCUCCAGGCCAUUGUGCAAAACUGCGUUCACAUGUUUGAGAAUAUCCAGUACGGAGAAGAUGAUGAUCUGAGGAAAGUGGGACCGUCGUCAACGUUCGACAUGGACAAACUCAAAUCCACCAUCAAACAGUUUGUCAGGGAUUGGAGUGAAGCUGGGAAAGCAGAGAGAGAUUCCUGUUACAAGCCACUCAUCGAGGAGAUCCAAAGACGAUUCCCCCAGGACCAAUGUGAUGUGUCGACAGUGAAAGUGCUGGUGCCAGGAGCGGGCCUGGGACGACUGGCGUGGGAAAUCACUCGUCUGGGUUACGCUUGCCAAGGAAACGAAUGGAGCUUUUUCAUGCUUUUUUCAUCCCACUUUGUCCUCAACAGGUGCGAUAAGGAGAACGCCAUGACCCUUUACCCCUGGGUUCACCAGUUCAGCAAUAACAAGAGGUCGUCGGAUCAGACGAGGCCGAUCUUCUUCCCAGACGUCAACCCCCAGAGUCUUCCUCCAAACUCAGACUUCUCUAUGGUGGCUGGGGACUUCCUGGAGGUCUACACAGAACCAGAUACUUGGGACUGUGUCACUACCUGUUUCUUUAUCGACACUGCCCACAAUGUCAUAGAUUAUGUUGAAACCAUCUGGAAUAUUCUAAAACCUGGUGGUGUCUGGAUAAAUUUGGGCCCGCUUCUGUACCACUUUGAAAAUAUGGCGAAUGAAUUAUCCAUUGAGCUGAGUUAUGAGGACAUAAAGGCUGCCAUGCUGAGAUAUGGAUUCCAGCUGGAGGUGGAGAAAGAGUCAGUCCUUACCACCUACACGGAGAACGACCGCUCCAUGCUAAAGUACUUGUACGACUGUGUUUUUUUCGUGGUGCGAAAACCAGUGGACGUUUUCUCAAACGGUAUUGGGACUGCGAUGGAGGGACAGUUUGAGGAACCAGCACAUAGCGGAAAUAGCAAUGCAACGACGUGACAUCCAAGAAGCUUCCACCAGGAAAAAAAACGGCCUGGAAAACACAACAAAACAAAACAAAACAAGUUGUUCAACUGAUUAUUUUUUAAUGCUUACUUAUCAAGACUGCUCUUAUACAUUCUUAAAUCAAACAGAUCCUUCGGUUAGGAGGGCCAGGAUUAAAAGUUCAUCCAUGUCUCAAGUGGUGUACUAUCUACUUUAGUGCCUCACAUUGUCUUUACCAUGGCUAUAUCAUCUUUACUAUGGAGUUAUGGAGAGUUUGAAGCUCACUUUUGUUAUCUCUUUAUAUGUGUGAGUAAGCCUCCUUUGGAAUUCGUUGGCAGUGCGUGAAGGCGACUUCUGCUCAGUUGAUGAACUUUACUGAUUGUCAUAAUUUGUUGUUGAAUUUCCAGCACUGCAAACAUUAUGAGUUGUUUUAAACUUAAAGUUGAACAUGGAUGUGUUCAAAUGUAUCUUACAUUUACGGACCCAACUUUGCAAUAAAGAAAGAACAAUGUUUUAACUGUC